GAAGACCUUUUGUAAACUCAUGUGUCAUACUUUUUCAUAAGUACAAUCUUCCUGACCAUAUUUAUAACACUUUUACGCUUUUUUGAGCUAUCUUGCGAAUAAAAUUACUUACAUAUCCAGAAGUAAAAAUGAAAACAUCAUAAAGACAUUCAUGUUAUUGAAACGAAUUUUAAAAUCUUUACAAUUCAUUCUCUUUACAAAAAAUCAAAAUAAAAAAUAUUCAUAAUUUAAAAAUCGAAGUCAUGUUAAUAUCUAAUGAAGAGGUAAGACACUUAGUAAACAAAGCAGAAGUAAAUAUCGAAAACCCUUUUUUGAUCAAAAAUGUUAAAAAAUAUCCCUUUUAUGUAUCACAAAUUGACACUCACUUUAAAUAUCAAUUAAAAACCUUGUGCUUUCUAGGCAGUAGUGUACAGCUUACACAUUUCAGUGUAAUAACAAAAAUGGACGAAGAUUUUGGAUGUCAAAAUGUAGAGCUGCAUAUUUACGAUAUGACGCAAGGAAUGGCUGCGAUGAUGUCACCAAUUUUAUUGGGCCGUAGGAUCGAUGGAGUUUGGCAUACAGCUGUGGUUGUUUUUGGUCGUGAAUAUUUCUUCGGUUCUCAAGGCAUCACAAGCUGUUCACCAGUAAAAAUUUUCUCGCCAAUAAAAAAAAAAUCUCACAGAACUCUUAGAGACACGACGUAUUUCACUCAUCAGUAUAUUUUAAAUUCAUCUGAAAAUUACAUCGGGAGCACAUAUCGUGUUCGAUCGUGCGGCUUAAGUGAAGUGAAAAGAAUUUCUCGAGGAACAACAGUUUUGGGUAAUCCAACAAAGAUUGAAAAAAUUGGAGACACUUUCAUACCAUAUCAAGUAUUUAAAGAUUAUCUGAGAGGUUUAGCCGAAAGCACAUUUAGAGGAUCGUGUUAUAGUCUGUUAAAACAUAAUUGCAAUACAUUUUCCGAAGACUUGUGUCAGUUUUUGUGUGGCGCUAGCAUACCGAAAUACAUUUUAGGUUUGCCACAGGAAUUUCUAUCGACGCCAAUCGGACAAUCACUUGGUCCAUUGAUAGAUAGCUUAGGUCAACGAGCUGAAGGAAAUUCAAAUUUUUCUUUUGAACCGCAAAUCAUAAACACACCACGCGAGCCAUCGCCAGAUUAUAUAGAAAUAAACUCACAAAUUGAAAGAAUUCGUCAACACUCGUCAGCACUUGAAGAGCGUCGUAAGCAGAGCCUUGACAAAAUCGCCAAGAAAGAGCGUAAAAAAGAUAAGAAAAGGAAAAAGGAAAAGAAAACAAAUCGUGUUACAUUUAGCGACAGUAGUGAAUACAAUUCAACCGGCAUGUCGGAAAUUGAGGAAAGCAAUGGAACAGCUGAAGAGCAAGAGCAGGUUAUCCACUCAGAAAUGUUACCAUCCGAAAAAGUAUUAGAAGAGGAGGCAGAGGAACGUCGAGCAGAAGAAGAAAGAAAGAAGAAUCGCGAGCCACCGAUUGUGUUUAAGGAUAUCGAUCCAAAAUAUGAACUCGAAGAGUUAGUGAAAAUUGUCGAUGGAAAUCUUUCUGAAGAAGAACAACUUGCCUUGGAAGAACUUCAUCAAUAUCUUCUUCUCGGCGACGGUUGUUGGGCAUUGAGUGAUAUUUUUCUCGUCUUUGUCGGAAGAAUUUUAAAUGAUGAACAAGUUUCAACUGAAGCCCGUGUUCAUCUUUUACGUUCGCUAGCUUACGCUGCUUUGAAAGACGAUAUCAUUUUGUUAUUACAUCAGGAUCGUCGUGAUCAUGUGAUGAUGAAUUACAUGUUGAAUAUUGAGAAAUUAAAACCAGAAGAACAACAAGCAUUGGCUUUGUUUGCUUGCAAUUUGUUCGAAAACACUAAUUCCUCCGAGUGGCUUCUUUAUAUCAGCGAAUGGACUUACAACAAUCAGCAAACAUCAAAUAUCCGUGCGACAACAAAAGUUGUUGUUCACUCAUUGUUGUCAAAUUGCCCAAAACUACAAGAGAUUGGAUCAGCCCUAACUCACAACUUGGGUAUCAAAGAAGUAAAAACUGUUGUAUUUGAUGACAUCGCAGUUGAAAUUACAAUGGCGAUCUUGCAGUUUUUGAACUCGAAACCAUCAGAAGAAUAUCUUUUCAGGACAUUGAAAGCAUUAUCGAAGUUUGUUUUUACGAAAGCAACUGGAGAUUUAAUAUCUGGAGUUACUUUGGGAUUGACACUCGUCCCGCAGUCAUUGGCUUAUGCUAACCUAGCGAAUCUACCAGCUGAAUAUGGUCUAUACUCAGCAUUCAUGGGAUCAUUGGUUUAUGUUAUUUUUGGAACCGUUAGAGAAGUUUCCAUAGGACCAACUUCACUCAUGUCAAUUAUUACAUUAUCAUACACUUAUGAGAAGCCUGUGGAAUAUGUGAUCAUUAUGACCUUCAUUUGCGGAUGUGUGGAAUUUCUCAUGGGAGCUUUUAAACUCGGAUUCAUAGUCGACUUUAUAUCAGCCCCGGUUGUAUCAUCUUUUUCUACGUCAACCUCUCUUCUAGUCAUCGGAGGACAAUUGAAGAAUCUUUUAGGAAUUAAAUAUUCAGCUAAGAGUUUUCCAAUGACUAUAGUUAAACUUUUUCAAAAUAUUGAACAAUUAAAAUUUGGUGAUGCUGCUCUCGGUACACUCGCCAUUAUAUUUCUUAUCACUUUAAGAAAUAUUAAAGAUAUAAAACUUCCAGAUCGACCUUCAAGUUCAGUUAUAAAAAAACUUUUGUUUUAUCUCAGCAUUUCCAGAAACGCUUUGAUUCUUUUAGUCACUUCUUAUUUUGCUUACUUCUUAUCUUUAAAGUAUAAUCACGUUCCAUUUAUAUUAUCAGAAAAAGUGACUCAAGGCAUUCCGUCUUUCGAAUUACCAAAGUUUAGUGUUGAGAAAAAUAACAGAACCGUUGAAUUUAUUGAAAUUUGUGGUGAAAUUGGAUCUGGUUUGCUUUUACUACCUCUGGUGUCUGUAUUAGCAAACGUUGCCAUAGCUAAAGCUUUCACUUCUGGUAAGAUUGUUGAUGCAUCCCAAGAAAUGAUGGCUUUAGGUCUGGCAAACAUUUUCGGUUCAUUCUUCAAAGCAAUUCCAACAUGCGGUGCUUUUACACGCUCAGCAGUUUCAAAUGCAAGCGGAGUUCAAACUACAUUUGCAGGAAUUUACAGCGCAACUAUGACUUUAUUAGCAUUAACUCUAUUGACACCUUACUUUGGCUACAUUCCAAAAACUUCUUUAGCUGCGAUUCUUAUUUGUGCAGUUUCAUCUUUGAUUGAUUUUAAAAUAGCAAUCAGAUUCUGGAAAACAAACAAAAUUGACUUCGCAUCAUGGUUCGGCUGCAUUAUCGUUUGCGUGACGGUAAGCAUAGAAAUCGGCUUACUUUUUGGAGUUGCUUUAAGUACCCUUCAUGUAUUUUUGAAAUCUGCUCGUCCAGAAACAUCAAUUUACAUUGAUCAUAUUAAUGACCAACGAGUAAUUUUUGUUAGACCUUCAUCCGGAAUUGACUUCCCUGGUGUUGAUUAUAUAAGAGAAAAAAUUAAUCGAGCUUUAAUCUUAACAAACUUUAAAUUUCCCAUCACAUUAGAUUGUGAAAAAGUCUCAUAUUUAGAUUAUACUUCGAUAAAAGCUUUAGAAUCCUUAAAGGAAGAUUUAGAAAAACAGAAUCAAUCGAUAAGUUUUACAAAAAUGGAAGUUGAUUUAGGCAAAUACAUUAUGGAAAAAUCGUCAAUGGAACUUGAUGAAAACAAUAACUUUGAUGAUUUUUCGUCGAAAUCUUUGAUGAAAUCAAGAUACAUCAAGGAAUAUUUUGAUAACACAAAUAUUUUCGUCACUGGAGCCACAGGAUUUCUUGGAAAAGUUUUAAUUGAGAAAUUACUUCGAUCAUGUGAUGGGAUUGAACGAAUUUAUAUACUUUUACGUCCAAAGAGGGGUCUUGAAAGUAAACAACGAUUUGAAGAGUUUUUAAAAAAUAAUAUAUUUGAAAAAAUUCGCGAGAAAACACCAGAAGUUUUUAAGAAGCUUGUUUGUAUACCUGGCGACAUAAAUGAUAAUGAUGUUGGAUUAAACGAAGCAGAUUUCAAAACUCUUCAAAGCAAAAUUGAUAUAGUUUUUCAUGUCGCAGCUACUGUUCGUUUUAAUGAACCUUUGAAAGGUGCAGCAAAUCUCAACACUUUCGGAACACAGAGAGUAAUGCAAUUGUGCACUAAAAUGAAAAAUCUGAAGAGUUUGGUACAUGUAAGUACAGCAUACAGCAAUCCAUACUUGCGCAAUGUCAGCGAACGUGUUUACGGAACAACAUCGACGGAAGAUCAUAAGAUGUUUAUUAACGGUGUUGGCAUAUUGCCUGAUGAAUUCAUAGAAAAGAUUGGUGAUCGUUUUCAGAAACAACAUCCUAACACUUACACAUUAACCAAACAAAUGGCCGAACAGAUCGUUCUCGAAUAUUAUGAAAAACUUCCAAUUUCAAUAGUGCGACCAUCAAUUGUCACAGCUUCCAUAAAUGAACCUUUUCCUGGUUGGAUCGACAAUGUUUAUGGAAUCACAGGCAUUCUUAUGGAAAUUGGACGUGGGACAAUCAGCAGCAUUCGAGGUAUCGACCAUUACACAGUUGAUUUAAUACCUGUUGACGUUGUUUGCAAUACCCUCAUCACUGCAGCAUGGGCUAACAGUUUUAUAAAAACAAACACAAUUCCUGUAUAUAAUUGCACUUCAGGACAGAUAAAUCCAUUAAAGUGGUCGGAACUUGCAGAUAAAAUUAUGAAAUAUUCAAGAAAGAAUCCGACAAAACAUGUGAAAUUGUAUCCAAGUUAUUCUUAUAGAACAAAUCGUUUUACUCACGCUUUAUACGAAAUUUUCUUACAUUUUCUUCCGGCUAUUAUCUUUGAUCUUGUACUUCGAAUGCAAGGCAAGAAGCCUUUUAUGAUGAAGAUUGCUAAACGGUUCAAGCUCGCUGCAGACACUGGCACAUACUUUGCAAUGCAUGAAUGGAAUUUUGACAAUCAAAAUUUACAACGAAUAAUUCGUGCAGCUCGUGAAACGCAGAUUGAUCAUCAGGAAUUCAAUUGCGAUAUG